AGGCAGAGUGGGUAGCAUUGUCUGCAAAUAAGUAGAAUAUGAGCGUUGUAAUGUUUCUUUUUGGCUCGAUAUGACUUCCUUUAUUUUUCAUACUUUGUUCCGGUAAGUGGCCGUUAUUUCGUACAUGUGAAGCUGUGAUACAACAGUAUGAAGAACCAGUGUUAUGAUGGUAACGAAGCAAAACGUGUCUGGAGGGAGUUCCUCGAAGUUAAAAACCGAGGAAAUGCAGCAGACGAGGACACUUUCCACAUCAAGGAUGUCAACAUGCAGCAUAUGAAAAUAUCUCAAACAUCUAAUCUGGUAUCGUGGACUGCAUUCAAUCAUCACCAAGACACUUUUCCCUGAGGACUACAAACAACAUGUUUAUGAACAGAGGGACUAACUGGAGUGGGGAUAACCUAAAACAGAAUAGAACAUAUUAGUAAUAAGUAUUUUGACUAUGUGAAUGGAGAAGUCAUGUGAGUUCUUUCUGCCUACUGUAGUCUACACCUCUGCAGUUUCUCUGUACUGAAGUAUGUAGAGGGUGAAUCUGAAAAGACUUGUGUCACCAUCAAGUACCUACGUUUUGCAAGUCUAAAGAAAACAGCCAGAAGCGAGGAGGCGAACAGACUGUGAGGCUUGGUGCUUUGCAAGAUCCGUCCCUGAAGAUGCUGCAGACUGGUAACUUCUCACUGGUGCUGCUAAUCCAGCUGACACUGUUGGCCUAUGACCUCUUCGUCAACUCCUUCAGUGAACUCCUGAGAGGAGCCCCGGUCAUCCAACUAGUGCUUUUCAUCAUGCAGGACAUCGCCAUCUUGUUCAACGUGAUCAUCAUUCUGCUGAUGCUGUUCAACACCUACGUAUUCCAGGUGGGCCUGGUGUCCCUGCUGCUGGAGAGGUUCAGGGCGCUGCUGAUAAUCUCUGCUCUUUACCUGACGCUCAGCAUCUGCUUCCACUGCUGGGUGCUGAACCUCCGAUGGUUUCAGUCAAACCGAUUUAUUUGGACUGAUGGUCUUCAGGCUCUUUUUGUGUUCCAGAGAACAGCGGCAGUGUUGUAUUACUACUUCUACAAACGCACAGCAGAGUGUAUGGGUGACCCGAGGCUGUAUGAAGACUCUCUGUGGCUGCGUAACAUCUUCACCAGAGCUCGUCAGUGAAUAAGACAGUUUUGAGAAAGACUUUAAGGAAAAUAUUUUUGAAUUAUUUGUACAUCUAUGGAUCACCCUAUGUUAACUUGCAUAUCUGAAAGUUGAACGGAUACAAUUCUUGGUUAACUGAAGUAAAU